AUGCCAGCAGUCACUCACCUGCUCGCUCAGACCUGCCUGGCGGCGGAGGGGAGCGCCUGGGUGCCACCGGCUCCUGCCAAGCCGCUGCCCGCACCGCCGAGCCUGGGCGCCCGAUCGCCGCCUGGGGAGCCCGCUGCCGCCUGGGCCGAAGGGGACGAGGUGCAAGAGCCGACGUGUUGCUGCCCGAGGGCACAGCGGGAAGGGACAAGCUCUUACUACGUUACUUUCUCAUUUUCAGGAAUAGCAAGCCAAUAUUUGGUCCAUCCUGGCUCUGCUGUGGUCCCCUCUCCGAAUCCCCCUUCUGGCCCCUGGUGCCCGGACGGCUGGGUAGGGUACAGAGGGAAAUGCUACUAUUUCUCCAAGGCCAAAGAGAACUGGAACAACAGCCAGAGCAACUGCUCUGCGCUUGGUGCCUCCCUGGCUGUGAUUGACAGCGAGCAGGAAAUGACGUUCCUGCUGCGCUAUAAAGGCAAACUUGACCAUUGGCUCGGCCUCUGGAGGAAGCAGGACCAGGACCAGCCCUGGAAAUGGGCCAAUGGCACCGAAUUCAACAACCAGUUCGAAGUAAGGGGAGGAGGAGCCUGUGCGUAUCUGAAUGAUGUAGGCGUCAGCUCGUCAAGCUGUGAGACGGAAAAGAACUGGAUCUGUGCCAAACCUGAUCAAUAUGGGAAACGAAAAGAGAACAGUGUAGAAGGAAUGGAUAAACAGUGACGCUCAAGGGAAUAACCAGCUCCGUCUUCUU